AAAACAAACACACACACAGAAUCACAACCGCCAGAUUUUGCAGUCAUUUUGCUCAAGAAAACAGAGCAAGACAUUCCACAGCUUCUCUGUCAAACUCCAACGCAUUGGUGUUUGUAAAAUCGCAGUCUUUCAUUCUAUUCAUCUCCUCUCUCUCUCUCUCAUUGAAACGAAUCCUGUCUUUGAAUCAAAGUCUUGCUCGUUUACGAACUUCACUUUCUCAUUCGCCGCUCUCAUUGCUGUUACUGAUUUUGAUUCCUGAUUUGGCUCUGCAGCUCGCAUUCUUCUCUUUCAUUUUUCUUUUUUUUUCUCCGCGUGGAAUAAAGAUAGAAUCUUGGGUUCUUAUUCUGUUCUUUUCUUUUAAUUCUUUAAAUUCUUUGUUGGCACUCCUUAAAUUCUUUGUUGGGACUCCUUAAAUUCAUUGUUGAUACAACAGUUGAACACCCACAUUUGGGCUGGAUUUUAUCUGUGCUUGAACAACCUAGCUCCAUAUUCCUUUUUGGGUUUUCUUUCACUCUGUUUUUGUCGAUUGGCUCUUCAAGAACAUUAGUGUGUAUAUGAUCCAGAUUGAAAGAUGAGAUGGUUUACUUCAUUUGGAGUUGUUGUUUUGUUGAGUUUAGGACUCUUUCUGGCAGACGGUGCCGCAUUCCCCCAAAAUGAAGUGGAAGCUUUGAAAUCCUUCAAGAGAGAGAUUUUGGAGGAUCCCACACAUGUGUUGUCGAAUUGGAAUUUUCUCGACUCCGAUCCUUGUGGUUGGCCUUUCAUUGCUUGUUCCAUCGGUGGCAAUCAUGUAAUAAAGCUUAAUGUGUCUGGCAAGUCUUUGAAGGGGUUUAUUACACCAGACUUGUACCAGCUCUCGGAUUUACAAGAACUAAUUUUGCAUGGAAAUUUGUUGAUUGGUGCAAUUCCUAAGGAAAUAGGCCUGCUGAAAAACCUCAAGGUUUUGGACUUGGGUUCGAAUCAGCUCACAGGAGCAAUUCCGCACGAGAUUGGGAACUUAAGCAGCAUUGUGAAAAUAAAUCUUCAAUCCAAUGGGUUGACGGGGAAGUUACUUCCUGAAUUUGGGAACUUGGAACAACUUGAGGAGCUUCGACUGGAUAGGAAUAAGCUUGGGGGCAUUUUGCCUGGUAAUGGUUCAGAUUCUACCUCGGAUUCACAUGGAAUGAAUACUUCAGAUAGCCAGCUCAAAGUGUUUUGUCGAUCCUCCAAACUAAAAGUAGCUGAUUUCUCAUUCAAUUUUUUGGUUGGAACCAUACCUCAGUGCUUGGGAUAUCUUCCUAGGACAAGUUUUCAGGGAAAUUGCCUUCAAGACAAAGACGUGAAGCAACGAUCUGCAGCACUAUGUGCAGGUAGUGUGCAACCCGCUAAAGGCCAUUCAGUUAACCCGAAGCACCUGCCUACUGCAGAGGUAGCGAAGGAUCGAACUAAUGCAUCAAAACCUUUGUGGCUCUUGGCUCUUGAAAUUGGGACUGGAACUAUUGUAGGCAUUCUCUUUGUCAUUGCUCUUUUCACUGCCUCCCAGAAGUGGAAGAGAAGACAUUCAGACAUGAUCCCGUGGAAGAAGUCUUCGAGUGCCAAGGACGACGACUUUUCAAUUUAUAUAGAUUCUGAAGUACCGAAGGAUGUAGUACGGUACAGGAGACAGGAACUCGAAAUAGCCUGUGAAGAUUUCAGCAACAUCAUUGGCUCGUCUCCGGAUAGCUUAGUAUAUAAAGGAACCAUGAAAGGCGGACCAGAGAUUGCUGUAAUAUCUCUUUGCAUUAAAGAAGAACAGUGGUCAAGCUACAUUGAGCUUUAUUUUCAGAAAGAGGUGGCUGGUUUGGCAAGAUUGAACCAUGAGAAUGUGGGAAAAUUGCUCGGCUAUUGCGCGGAAAGCAAGCCAUUUACUAGGAUGCUGGUUUUCGAUUAUGCCUCGAACGGAACACUCUUUGAGCACCUUCAUUAUGGAGAAGCAUGCCAAUUCUCGUGGACUCGGCGCAUGAGGAUUGUUAUUGGGAUUGCCCGGGGUUUAAAGUAUCUUCACUCCGAACUUGACCCGCCAUUUACAAUAUCUGAUCUGAAUUCGAGCUCCAUUUAUCUGACCGAUGAGUUUUCUCCCAAGCUCGUCGACUUUGAGUGCUGGAAGACCGUUCUUUCGAGAUCAGAGAAAAGCUCAGGCGCCAUUAGCAACGAGGGUGCAGCUUGUGUUCUCCCAAAGAAUAUGGAAGGACGUAAUCUCGAUAUCCAGGGAAACAUAUAUGCAUUUGGGAUUCUACUGCUUGAAAUCGUCAGCGGGAGACCUCCAUACUGCGAAGAUAAAGGGUGCUUGGUGGAUUGGGCCAAGGAAUAUCUGGAUUUGCCUGAAGUGAUUUCGUACGUGGUGGAUCCCGAGCUGAAGCAUUUCAGAUACGAGGAUCUGAAAGUGGUGUGCGACGUUGUGAACCUAUGCAUCAGUCCCAGCACCAGCACGAGAACGUCGAUGGUGGAGCUGUGCACCAUGUUGGAGAGUGGCAUAGACACAUCUGUACCUGCAGAGAUGAAGGCGUCGUCUCUGGCUUGGGCCGAGCUCGCGCUUUCUUCAUAGCGAGUCUUGGCUUAUGCUGUAAAUCUAAAUUAUAUAAUGCACCUUUUGCAGGUUGCUGCAAAUCUCUUAGAUGCCUGAGUUGUUGUAAAUGCUUCAUAAUUCUUUUUUAUUGGAGAUAGUUAGAGAGGUCCAAAAUUUUGCUUCACUGUCGACUCUUUUUGGUGUUGUGUGAAUUAUAGCUGAGAUGUUAUUGGUUGUAUUGAGCCUUUGGCAUCCUGACUCUAUGAAUGAUUAUAAGAGAGACUCUGCAUUUUUUGUGCAGAUUGAAACA